AUGGAUUCAGAGAGUUCCUGCUGCAGCGCUCUUUAUCAAACAUCAGGCUGGAGAGUGAGUGCGUGCGUGUGCGUGCGCGAUGCAGAAUGAAACAGAUCUCACUGGGGGGUGCCCGGUGACUCACGGACUCGGACUGGAGAAGAUGCGCGAGCGCGGACGGAGGCUGAAAUAUGCAUAUCGAUUGCAGACACGCACAGGACCGACCACGCGCAUCCACGCGCCCUUCUCCCCCUCGUAAAGGGGCGUGUGGGACUGGCGAGAAACUCAUACCCUCCGCAUUCACAUCAGUGUCAAAGCGGAGAGCGGUGGCAGAUCACCGAGACACACGGAGGACCAGAAACUUCCACUCAAGCGCUUUGAUUUUUUAUUUCUAAUCGAAUUCGUUUCAUCUCGCGGACAUAUUUAGAAGCCGAGUCCUCUCCUUUGUGCUGGUCUGGGUCUGAGCUGUGAAAUCAGCGAGGAGGAGACGGAUCUGCGCCCGGAGAGGAGAGCGGGUUCCCGGGCUGUGCGUCUUUACGCCGUGGCGGGUCCUCUACGCCCAGAAGAGAGGAACUUGAGAAGUUGGGUCGCCGUCAAAAGGACCGAGGUCUGGUGUGGUUUUAGGAGGAUCUGGAGAAGCCUCUGCUCUUCUCCGCGCUUGUUGGAAGUGGAGAGAGGAGGGCUGGAUGCCAGCGGGUUGGCGAAGUCUCCAAACGCAGCCACCAAGGAUUACACCCAGCCCGGACAUCGUCACCUAGAGGAGUAAGGGUGGAUUCCGAUCUCUGUGCUUCUGGUGCCGUUUGGAAAGAAGAUGGCACCGUCCGCGCUGAAGGGCCGACAGCAGCCGGUACCGGAGCGCCGGAGCCGGAGCUGAGGAACAGGAUGCCCGCAACCUAAGCCCGCACUCACGUCAACUCUGGAAAAAGGAACAUUUCCUUUAUUUGUCGUUUGAAACGGAGACGCAUCCCAACAAAAGAAAAACAAAACACUGUUUUAAGGAGUUUGGCUUUCAUUUUUGUGCGUAAUUUUACUUUUUCGGGACAAAACAAGAAUGAAUUGUGGAUUAGUUCUGAUCCUGUUUAUGGGAUUCCUCCUGGUGGUCAAGGCUUUCAAAAACGAUAAAUGCGGAGGCAACAUCAGGAUCUCUUCCGCCAGCUACCUCACAUCUCCCGGAUACCCCAUGUCCUACCCCCCCUCUCAGAGGUGCGCGUGGGUGAUCUCGGCACCCGGUCCUCACCAGCGCAUCCUCAUCAACUUCAACCCGCAUUUCGACCUGGAAGACCGGGAGUGCAAGUACGACUAUGUGGAGGUGCGAGAUGGCGUGGACGAGAAUGGUCAGCUGGUGGGGAAGUACUGUGGGAAGAUCGCUCCCUCUCCGGUUAUCUCGUCUGGAAAUCAGCUUUUCAUAAAGUUUGUGUCGGACUACGAGACCCACGGAGCGGGUUUCUCCAUCCGAUAUGAGAUCUUCAAGACUGGUCCCGAGUGCUCCAGGAACUUCACCUCCAACAGUGGAGUCAUAAAGUCGCCUGGGUUUCCGGAGAAAUAUCCCAACAACCUGGACUGCACGUUUAUGAUCUUUGCCCCAAAGAUGUCCGAAAUCAUUGUGGAGUUUGAGAGCUUCGAGCUGGAGCCAGACACGACGCCACCUACUGGUGUAUUCUGCCGCUACGAUCGUGUUGAGAUCUGGGACGGUUUCCCUGGAGUUGGGCCUUACAUCGGAAGAUACUGUGGUCAGAACACUCCAGGUCGGAUCAUCUCCUACACGGGAAUUCUGGCACUGACAAUCAACACCGACAGCGCCAUCGCCAAGGAAGGCUUUUCUGCCAACUUCACUGUCAUCGAAAGGACUGUUCCCGAGGACUUUGACUGCAGCGAUCCUUUGGGAAUGGAGUCAGGAGAGAUAACAUCAGACCAAAUCAUGGCUUCAUCCCAGUACAACCCCAGCUGGUCCCCAGAGCGCUCCAGACUUAACUACUAUGAGAAUGCAUGGACGCCGGCCGAGGACUCCAACAAGGAGUGGAUUCAGGUGGACCUUGGUUUCCUGCGGUUCGUCUCAGCCAUCGGUACCCAGGGUGCCAUAUCCCAGGAGACCCGCAAGAUUUACUUUGUCAAGUCCUACAAAGUAGAUGUCAGCUCAAACGGAGAGGACUGGAUCACUCUGAAGGAAGGCUCCAAACAGAAGGUUUUCCAAGGCAACACCAAUCCAACUGAGAUUACCAAGACAAAACUGCCCAAACCCACUAUGACCCGCUUCAUCCGGGUCCGUCCAGUCACCUGGGAAACAGGCAUCGCACUGCGCUUCGAAGUCUACGGCUGCAAGAUAUCAGAGUAUCCAUGCUCAGGCAUGCUGGGUAUGGUGUCAGGCUUGAUCUCCGACAACCAGAUCACUGCAUCCUCCCAUUCAGACCGGAACUGGGUACCGGAGAACGCCCGGCUGUUGACCAGCCGAACAGGGUGGACCCUGCUGCCCCAGCCUCAACCCUUCACAAAUGAAUGGCUGCAGGUGGAUUUUGGUGAAGAGAAGCUGGUUAAAGGUUUGAUCAUCCAGGGAGGGAAGCACCGUGAGAACAAAGUCUUCAUGAAGAAGUUCAGAUUCGGCUACAGCAACAAUGGUUCUGACUGGAAGAUGGUGUAUGAUACCAACACAAACAAGCCAAAGGUAUUUGAAGGUAACAGCAAUUACGACACUCCUGAGCUGAGGACAGUGGAGCCCCUGCUGACCCGUUUCGUCAGAAUUUAUCCAGAGAGAGCCACUCCUGCUGGGAUGGGUUUGCGACUUGAGCUCCUGGGCUGCGAGAUUGACGCUCCAACACUGCCUCCAACCACUCUGGUUACAAGCACCACUCCCUCAGACGAGUGUGACGACGACCAGGCGAGCUGCCACAGCGGCACAGGUGAUGACUACGAUAUGACAGGUGGUGCCAUGACGACAGAGACCACCCCCUCUGAAGCAGACACCAUCCCAGCUUUUCUGUGGUUUGCCUGCGACUUUGGCUGGGCCAAUGAUCCCUCCUUCUGCAGCUGGACAUCAGAGGACACUGGUUCCAGGUGGCAGAUCCAGUCCAGCGGCACCCCCACUCUCAACACUGGACCCAACAUGGACCACAUGGGUGGAUCAGGGAACUUCAUCUACACUUUAGCAACUGGUCUCCAAGAGACUGAGGUGGCUCGGCUGGUGAGCCCAGUGGUCAGCUCUCCAGACUCUGACCUGUGUGUUUCAUUUUGGUACCACAUGUUUGGUUCGCACAUUGGCACGCUGCAUAUCAAACAGCGCAAACAGACAGAGACUGGACCUGUCGACAUCCUGCUGUGGACAGUCAGUGGGCACCAGGGUAACCGCUGGAGGGAAGGCCGUGUCCUUGUGCCGCGCACGAACAAACCCUAUCAGGUGGUGAUUGAAGGUCUUGUUGAGAGGAAAAGCUGGGGAGACAUUGCUGUGGAUGACAUCAAGGUCCUCAAUGGUCUCAGCAUAUCAGACUGUGAAGAUCCUGAUGUACCCACCGAGCCAAUGCUACCUGAGGACAGAUUCAAUGAAAUCUUUGAAGAAAUCACAGAAUAUCCCGACUUUGUGGAGACCAACCAGAUCAGCGGAACAGGCAACAUGUUGAAGACGCUCGACCCCAUUCUCAUCACGAUCAUCGCCAUGUCCGCCCUGGGGGUUUUCUUGGGGGCCAUCUGUGGAGUGGUUUUGUACUGCGCUUGCUCACAUGGGGGCAUUUCAGAAAGGAACUUAUCAGCCCUGGAGAACUAUAACUUUGAAUUAGUGGAUGGCGUCAAGCUAAAAAAAGACAAACUCAAUGUACAGAGCUCGUACUCAGAGGCGUGAGAAGGGCCUGAUGUGACUAUUUUCUACGGCAGAGCUCGCACAAAGACUGUCAUUUAGACAUAUCCUCUCGUAAAUCUGCGAGACGGCAGCCUCAGCGGGACUGCCAACACCCUCAACUCACUGGACGAGGGUCAGGUUCAGGAGCCAGUCAGAGGUUUGGACUGAUCCAUGCUUUUUCUCAGGAGCUGCAGUAAAAGAACCUACCAGUAGGGGACACUGUGUACAAAAUUAAAUACAGGAAAAUUAUGUACAGAUGAUUUAGAUGAUGCUAUAAUUUUGUAUUUUGAUUUUCAUUGAUUUUUACAAUCGGAUGCUGGUGUUGAGACCAAUUUAUUAAUAUUGUGAAAAGUAUUUAUCAUUUUCAUAAAGUCUGUUUUUGUUUGUUUGUUUGUUUGUUUGUUUGUUUGUUUGUUUUUUUUAAAGAAAGAGAUGUAUCAAAAUCCUAAAAGAACCAUAUCCGGCUAAACUGUACAUUUUUUAGGACGUGGCAUAUAGAGUGUGCCCUAAACCUCUGGUCCUGAAACAGGAACCCUUUCCCCUUUGACCCCCAACACCCUAAAGUAAGGGUUCCCUUCGUGUAUGGUUCUGACAGUGCCUUUAGUCCUUUUUGUUUGACCUCCUCUGUUGAUAUUUAGUUUCACUUGAUGAAAGGAAACAGGGGCACAUUACCUUAUGUCACAGCGCUUUUACUUUAUUGUUUUUGUCCAAAAAUCACACUUUGUAAAUAAGUUUUAAUAUAUUUUAUUGCCAUUUUUUAAGAAAGUAAAAAAGAAGAAAAAAGCUGCAGUAUCCCUUUUUUCAUGGGCUUGUGUGUGUGUUUGUGUAAAUACAAUCGUCUGACUGUUUUGUGGAAGGUGCAGUGUGUUGCUUUUAGAUUAUGUUGCUCAGGCAAGCAAGCUUUUCAGUGUAACUUUGCAGCAACUUCAGUGUGCAUUCAAGCCAUUUGUUGCUGGAACAAAACCUGCACAUGGAAAACAAACAUGCUUCUCACCUUUAGCCUCUCCUAACUAUCGCAUCUUUUCUGUGAGUUUAACUGAUUUAAAGUUUGUUGCAAAGUACAUUUGAUCUUGACGAGCAUGCCAAAAGAACAAAAACACCAAGCUUUGCUUUGGUUAAGCGAGGCUAGCUCACCACCUCCAACGUCACUGUGGACUGUUCACUGAAGAAGUGCUCUCUGGACAAUGCAGCUUGAAUGCACUUUGUUGUCUGACUCGUUAGGAAUUUGAUCAAAGUAGUUUUUCACCCACCAACUGAAGAAUGGUGCUAUCAGUAAGUGAACCCCAGUUUUUCCACAUGCUAAAGUGUAGCUUAAGGCCCGUUUGGCCACCAAGAGUUUUAGGUUUUUCACAUGUAGCAGGCUUAUUGCUGUGAUGUCAGAGCUGAUGUCAUUAGAAUGGGACACUGGUGCAGCAGGAGCUUGAAUGGCAUCACCUGAAUCAGGUUACCUAACCUCCCAUUGUGGCUUUACCAAAGGACGAUUGCCCCUGUUCUCGUUAGCUUGGGGCUUCUCAUAUACACACAUCCCAUCAUGUUCACCCUUCAUAAAGAACCUGCUUUGCCGCAUCAGGAAACCCCCAGGAUUACGAAGAGGAAAACACGGACACAUGAAGAGAAGAACACGUGAUUGUCUGAUUUUUUAUCUCCCUUUUUUAGCUCAAAAAAGUGAAAAUGUCACUCGAUUGUGAAUACAUGAAGGCAGAUGUUUGAGGGUGAAUGGAUGAGACAAUCGUACCGUUAAACACUCAAAAGAAGGAUGGGAUUCUGGGAGAACUCUGAAUGAACACAAGGACUUGUGGGCCCUCAGGCCUUCAGAACAUGUGGUUUUCUUCACCACAAUCAACCAUUUAAAAAAAUAAUAAAAUAAAAACCUUGACUUUAAGAAGAGUGAUGUCUUUUAGAUCCAUGCGCUUUUGUAUGUCGUGCCGUGGUGAACACAUUCUCAGCUUGUUUAUUUCCAACCUGACCCACUCUGCUCACGACCUGAGGGUGCAGCUACAGCCGACUGUAGCGGCGGCAUUUAGCGGAAAAGGAUACUGUAGUGUGGACUCAAAACAAACAAAUGUUGCACUGAGAAAUAUAUUUAAGAGGUUUAUGUGUUUAUAGCAUUCAUUUGCUAACAAAAAAGAAGAAAGUCCAAACAGAAAAAUUAUGUUCCUUUUUUUACAAAUAGUUUCAGAUUCCCUGAUAUAAUUAAAAAUGUAAAAGUAUUCAGAUGUUUUCAUUAUUGAAAAGAAACGCCAGAUUUUUUUCUAAAGCAAUGUCCAUCUCCCUAUAAAUACAUGUCAUAAUAGCUCUUUGUUUUGUACUGGCAUUCAAAUUUUGUGCUAUUUUUUCGUUUCUUUAUAUAAGAACAAGAAAAUAACUUUUAUUUUCAAUACUGCUUCUGUAAUUUGCUGUUGUAGAAAAAAGAAUAAACAGCAAUGGCCUUAAAAAGCAUUUGGUAAAA